AUGGAGCUCGAUGAAAGACCAAUUCUUUAUUCCUAUUGGCGAUCUUCUUGUUCAUGGCGUGUAAGAACAAGUCUCCUUUGGAAAAAUAUUGAUUAUAAUACGAUACCAGUGAACUUGCUGGUUAAUGAACAUAAAUCAGCGGAAUAUACAGCCAUUAAUCCAAUGCAAGAAGUUCCUACACUUGUUAUCGAUGGCAAUACACUCACACAGUCUCUUGCCAUUCUUGAGUAUUUAGAGGAAACUCACACAGAAAAGCCCCUCCUACCUAGUGAUCCGUUGACACGAGCAAAGGUGAGGUCUCUUGUAGGUGCGAUUGCCAUUGAUACUCAACCAGCACAGAAUUUGCGGAUUCUUAAAUACGUUGGAGAUGAAAAAUCACAGGAUUGGGCAAAACAUUGGAUUACUUGGGCCUUCGAAGGGAUUGAGAAGCAGCUUUCGAGCACAGCCGGGAAUUAUUGUGUUGGAGAUGAAGUGACUCUGGCUGAUGUGUGUCUGGUGCCUCAGGUAUUUAACGCGAGAAGGUGCGGAGUAGAUAUGAGUAGGUUUCCGAUUAUUUCGCGUAUAGAUGCCAACUGCGUGAAACUCGAAGCAUUUAAGCUAUCUGAUCCCUAUGCGCAAAUCGAUUGUUCUGAGCCCAAAGGCACAUAA